ACUCGUGGUCGUGUCACUUGAACAUAACCUUCAAACUUUAAGGAGUUGAUCGAGUCUAUUUAGCUGGUGAGAACUUUCACGGAUUGCACCAUUCCAGUCACGACUUGCGUACAUACGGUGCACUCAGAUAAAUUAUACGAUGGCUGAUGAAACACAACCCAGUGAAGCCGGUGGUGAACCACCACAGAAAACAGCGAAACAACUCGCUAAGGAAGCUGCCAAGCAGGCAAAACUAGAGAAAUUUAAGCAGAAGAAGGACAAGAAGGAGGCUGCACCUGCUAAGGAACCGUCUGAGAAAAAGGAAAAGAAGAAGGAAGUUAAGGAAUCAGCUGUCUAUGACAUAGACACACCAGCUGGAGAGAAAAAAGUGGUUGAUAAUGUGAUGCCUGAUGCCUACAGCCCUAAAUAUGUUGAGGCUGCUUGGUAUCAAUGGUGGGAAAAGCAAGGAUUCUUCAAACCUGAGUAUGGGAGAAAAUCCAUCUUGGAGAAGAAUCCCAAAGGCACCUUUACUAUAAUUAUCCCUCCUCCGAACGUGACUGGAUCACUUCACUUGGGACACGCAUUAACCAACGCUAUCCAAGACUCCAUUACGAGAUGGCACCGUAUGAAAGGAAGAACUACACUAUGGAAUCCAGGCUGCGAUCACGCCGGUAUCGCUACUCAAGUAGUUGUAGAGAAGAAACUUUGGCGAGAGGAGAAGAAAACGCGACAUGAUAUCGGACGCGAAAACUUUAUCAAGAAGAUUUGGACUUGGAAAAAUGAAAAAGGUGAUCGAAUUUAUCAUCAGUUGAGAAGUCUGGGAUCAUCUUACGAUUGGGAUCGUGCAGCUUUUACAAUGGAUCCUAAGCUGUGCAAAGCUGUAACCGAAGCUUUUGUGCGAUUGCACGAAGACGGUAGCAUUUAUCGCUUCAACCGACUUGUAAACUGGUCAUGCACUUUGAAAUCAGCCAUUUCUGACAUUGAAGUAGAUAAGAUAGAUUUACCUGGCAGGACAUUCCUAUCUAUUCCUGGAUAUGAUGACAAAGUUGAAUUUGGCGUGUUGAUUUCAUUCGCUUAUCCCGUGGUAGACUCCGAUGAGAAGAUAGUCGUCGCCACAACUCGUAUCGAGACCAUGUUGGGUGAUACAGCUGUUGCUGUCCAUCCAGAAGACGAACGUUAUAAACAUUUGCAUGGUAAAUUUGUCCAACAUCCUUUCUGCGAUAGGAAGAUCCCUAUUCUUGCCGAUGACUUUGUCGAGCGUGAAUUUGGUACUGGGGCAGUGAAAAUUACCCCGGCGCAUGAUCCCAAUGAUUACGAAGUCGGCGUGCGUCAAAAACUACCAUUUAUUACGAUUUUUGAUGAUAAUGGUUCGAUUGUUGGUGAUUAUGGACAAUUUACUGGAAUGAAACGUUUUGAUGCGAGAAAAGCCGUCCUUGUCGCUCUGAAAGAAAAAGGUUUAUACGUCGAAACGAAGAACAAUCCAAUGGUGGUGCCAGUUUGCAGCCGUAGUAAAGAUGUAGUCGAACCGAUGUUGAAACCGCAAUGGUAUCUCAAGUGUGAUGACAUGGCUGCCAACGCUGUGGAAGCUGUGAAAUCCGGCGAAUUGAAAAUCAUACCUGACAUGUACAACAAGACGUGGUACCAUUGGAUGGAGGGUAUUAGAGAUUGGUGCAUUUCGAGACAACUAUGGUGGGGUCAUCGCAUUCCGGCGUACUUUGUUAACAUUAAUGGGAAACCAGCAAGUGAAGACGAGAGCGAAUGUUGGGUCAGCGGCAGGACUUACGAGGAAGCCUUAGAGAAAGCAAAGAAAAAGUUUAACACCGAUGAUGUUAAACUCUCACAGGAUGAAGAUGUGCUUGAUACGUGGUUUUCAUCUGGUCUAUUUCCGUUUUCCAUCUUUGGUUGGCCGGAUAAUACUGAUGAUAUGCAAGUUUUCUAUCCUUCGUCCUUGCUGGAGACUGGAAAUGAUAUUAUAUUCUUCUGGGUUGCACGUAUGGUGUUCUUCGGACAGAAACUGCUAGGAAAACUCCCAUUUAAGGAAGUAUUUCUGCAUCCGAUCAUUCGUGACGCUCAUGGUCGCAAAAUGAGUAAAUCUUUGGGUAAUGUCAUCGACCCUAUGGACGUAAUCUUUGGAAUUGGCUUAGAAGACCUUCAUAAACAACUUCUAGACAGUAAUCUUGACCCGAAGGAAAUCGAAAAGGCGAAAAAUGGUCAGAAACAAGACUAUCCCGAAGGCAUCCCAGAAUGUGGAACAGACGCAUUGCGUUUCGCCCUUUGUGCAAUGUGUACCGGCCGUGACAUUAACUUGGAUAUUCUACGCGUGCAAGGUUAUCGCUUUUUCUGCAAUAAGUUGUGGAACGCCACGAGAUUCGCCCUGACUUACUUCACCAAAGAUUUCCAAUCCGCCAAGGACUACAAUCCCACUGGGAAAGAGAGUGUGAUGGAUCUUUGGAUGUUGAGUCGACUUGCUACAGCUACUGCCGAUGCCAACAAAGGUUUCGAAACAUAUGACUUCCCACUAGUCACCACUGCAAUCUACAACUUGUGGCUGUACGACCUUUGUGACGUUUACCUAGAAUAUCUUAAACCUGUGUUUGCAAGUGAAAAUGUUGAUGCAAUUUAUGCAGCACAAGUAACACUUCAUAGAACAUUGGAAACUGGCUUGAAGCUGCUCAGUCCGUUCAUGCCUUUUAUAACAGAGGAGCUCUAUCAACGACUUCCAAAAUCCAAUGUGGAGAAUGUUCCCAGUAUCUGCAUUGCUGCCUAUCCAGAAAGUUUCGACCACUUGAAGAAUGCGGACAUAGAAUCCGAGGUUGAUUUUAUGCAGAAAGUUGCUAAAGCGAUUCGAUCUGCCAGAAGUGUAUACAAUAUACCUAAUAAAAUAAAAACUGAGGCGUAUAUUAAGUGUGGCGAUGCCAAGACGCAAGAGAUUGUCACCAAAUUGUCUGCGGCUUUAGCUACUUUAGCAUAUUGCUCGAAAAUUGAUAUUAACACCGACGCGCCAAGUGGUUGUACCAUCAUCACUGUUUCGGACAAGUGCGAAGUUCAUUUAUUGCUCAAAGGGUUGAUUGAUCCCGAGAAGGAGAUAGCUAAGAUGGAGAAAAAGUUGGUGUUCCUUGGUGAUACCAAGGCGAAAUUGGAUCAGUCUAUGGCCGCUGCUGAUUAUGCUACAAAAGUGCCCGCUGAAGUUCAAGCCACGAAUAGCGAGAAACUGAUGCAGACCACGAAUGAAAUUCAAAAGUUGGAGAUUGCUAUGGAUGCACUCAAGUUGAUGAAGUAAUUAAUGUGUAUUUAGGUCAACUUUGCACUACGCUUGUAACUUAAUAUCUAUGCUAAGACGCAUUUAAAUAAAAUUUUAAAGUUUAAAGCGAAGAUGAAACGUA